CAAGCCUUGUAAUAUAAUGUGUGUUUGGAAGUGUGUGUUUGCUGAUGGGUGGUGAUCGCUUCCUUCCUCUAACUCCACAUAAAAAAAAAAACAUCAGCUGCAGAGGAAAUGAUUUGACCACAGAUUCUAGGGAGGGAAAGUGAAAGACGGCGUGAAUGUGGACGAAUACACAAUGAUUUCAGCAAAUGAGUUCCUUUUCCCAGAAAGCUACAUCUGACUGAGUGUCCGUCUCAGCGAGUCAUAACAUGUAGGCUUGAUCUGGAUAGAGGAAGUACAUACUAUCUUUAAAGAGCCAGCAGCUACUCUGUUCCAGCCAAACAUGCACAAGUUUUUCCUCAGAGCAAUCAUCUGUGUCAGCAUUGUUCAUGUGGGUCUUGGUGAUGAAGAAUGCUCUGAGGCAGUCUUGGCAAGAAGGGAGACAUUUUACGUGCCGACAGGGGAGUCUUUGUCUCUGUCAUGUUUGGUCCAGCACUGUGAAGGGAACUGGUUGGGUAAAUGGGAGUGGGAACACAUGCCAAAUACAGGGAUCGGCAUUGUUAAAGAUGGCCCAAGGCAUCACUUGGACAGGAUCAACCUCACAGCCAAUGAAACUCGGCUGGUAUUAAAAAUAACGAGCGUCAACCAAUCAGACGAAGGCAGCUAUAGAUGUAGUGUUACCUGGGGUGAGAGCAGCGGAGUGGGACAUUGGAUGCAUGUGAACGUCACAAAAGCUGUCUCCCGUCCGAGAAACAUCUUGCACAGGGUUUUGAUCUGCGUGGGUGCUCUCUUUUGUGUUCCUGUCAUUCUGGGGUUGGCUCACUGCCUCAGUUCAGAGGUCAAGCCUCAGCCACAUCCAAAGGUACAGGUCACAUACGCGGCUGUGGCAAAAAAGCGCCCACACCCACCCCCGCGCACACCUCCACAGCCACGCGCACCUCCACAGCCUCUGCCUCGACGUCAGAUACCACAGAGACUAAACGAUCCCGUUCAACAAGCUCCCCCACAAUUGCCCAAGAAGACUGAGGUGGUGUACGCAGAUAUUUCCCAGGAAGCACUGAGGCAACAGGAAGGUUCGAAAAACCCUAGUCAGACAACUGUCUACUCAUCCCUCAAGUUUUCCUAAGUGCAAAAGAAACAAGAAUAGAAAUGGGGACGUGUCUGUGGAAUUUCAACAAUAAAAAGCUAUUCUAUAUUUUGGCUCAUUCAAACAUGUCCAUAGAAAACACCCAAUAGAGACGAGCAGGACAGCAUCUGUGUUUAAGUUUCCUGCUUUACCUACACACAGCGAAAAGUGGAACAAACAUCCGAGACACACAGUGGCAUGUGUGCCGACUUCCCGCAACGCGCUGACCUCUCGCAUUCUUUUGAUAUGUGAUCACAGAUGAGUAGUAUGACAAACUGAUUGUUUUUGUUGUCAGUCUCUCUCUUUCUUUCUUUGUUUGUCUUUCGGAUAUGAAAGUGAAGGCAAUUCGACAAAGGCCGG